CACAAAGCAAACUGACUGAUUUACGCCAAGUGUCUAGAUUCGCUUCUCCAGUGAUGUAAGUGGUAAAUAUUGAUGAAGUGGAUGGAUGUCCAAUAGGCGUAGGAAUUCCUUGCUCAAACUGCUCUGCGAACAAGCGGAUUAAAUAAAAUCUUAUGCUGACAAGAUAACUUAGUAAGAGUGUACAUUUUAUUUUGUUAUUACACAAAGGGAUCUAUUCUGUACGAGAUGGCUAUUAAUACAGACGCCUCUCAUGCGACAGAUGUCCUGGGCGAGAGCGCAGCACUGCAGUCCGAUUUCGGAGAUACCCAGAAACUUCUUGACAUCUCAGACAAAGAGCUGAAGAGAGAAUUAAACCACACACCAUCUGAUACACACCUCGUUACGUCUCUUGAAGCGGAACGGAAUGAACAGACUGUUGUUGACAUUGCCUCACUGCCCCGCUCUCCAUCGCGGGUGGGUUUCAGCCGCGCGCCAUCGCCCACGCCCGGAGAACGCGAGCCGUGUAGCUUCAUGUGGUUGGCUGUGAUCUCCUGCUUCUGCCUGGCCGUUCCCAUAAACCUGUUCGCACUUUAUUUCGCGCAUAUGUCUCGGUCCAUGAUACAAGCAAAAGAUUAUGAUGGGGCCAGAAGACUUGGACGUCUAGCAUUGUUGCUUAGUGUCGUUUCCAUUGUUGUGGGUACAGCUAUAGUCCUUUAUCUGAUGAUAACAGAGUUAAAAUAGUUGUGGACAUCCUACAAAAUUGAGAGCACUGAUGUAAAUGGGUAUUGGAGCCGAAACCAAAGAAGAUGAAUGAUAAAUGCCAUGUGAAAACCUUCAAAAAACAAAGCUAGAAUAUCAAUUUAUAUUAUAUACAGUAUUAAAUUUGUUUUAAUUUUUUUGACAAGUUUAAUUUUUUUGUUUCUAAUCUAUCUUGAUGGCUUUCAGCCAUUUUUGUUUCUGCUUGGCAAAUUAAGGUAGCUUUUGCUUUAUCCAACGAUGCAUUAGCAGCACCAAACUAAUUUUGCACUAAAUAAAAAAAAAAAAAAACCUUUUUAAUAUUACUACAUGAACUAUAUGAAAUGACAAUCAGUUGUUUAUAAUUUUGAAUUUCAUACAUUUUACCUCUUUCAAAUAAGAAUGACUCCUAUGCAAAGCUGAAUCUAUACAUUUUAUUUCUUUGUUAUUAUGUAGUGCAUGUUGCAAUAUAGCAAGAAUGUGACAUCUGUUCUGAAGUGGGUGUAUAUAAAAGCACAUAGUUUGUAUUAUUCUUUGUAUUAUUGUUAUAUACAUUGCAUUUUGUGUAAUCUGUUAUAGCUUAAAAGUAUAAUUCACUCAAAAAUGAAACUUCUGUCAUCAUUUACUCACCAUUAUGUCAUUCUGAUGAACUAAAACCUGUAUGUCAUUAUGUCAUUCUGAUGAACCUUAAAACCUUUUUUUAACAUUUCUUUUUAGAAAAGUAUUUUUAUUCCUUGUCAUUUAGAUGCAUAGGCUUAUAGGAUCACAAGGAGAUAUCUGGGUAUAGCAACAAUAUUAUAUUAAAAAUUUGUAUUGAACUCUUAUAAGAUUGAGCAGUUGCACUGAAGCUGAACAAGGGCUAUAUUCAACCAAAAGCACAUGCAUGUCUGAAAAACAAAACAAGUGCAUUUGAAUUGUGCAAAUUUGCUAAUACGGUGCCAUAUUUUUGCAUGUUAUAAAUUAAACCAAGCAUACCAAAUUGUCUAGUUUAAGUGUGAUUUUUGCAGAUUGUUUGACAGAGUUCCAUUCGCACAGGAAAUAUUUAUUAACAGAAAAAUGUAUUCUGUUUUUCACAAGGAUAAAAUCAUGUGUGGUUAUUUCAUUUAAAAAAAACCUGCAGAACAUCCUGUUCUGCUGUCAGCCAUCCAGCCUCCAGAGCAACGAAGAUCGGAGGAAGCACGUCUGGUAAUUGAUAUCCUGUUCACAUAAGUGCAUUCCUUUCAUCCUUACAUUCAGUCAUUAUCAGCCUCAAAUGGAGAUUACUAUUAUGCUAUUCUUGCAUUCAAGUCUGAUUUGGCGUUCAUAUGGUAAGACACAUAAGCUGAAGGUCCACCACACAAAGAUGUUUAUAGCAUGCAUUUUCCAAACCCACAGAACUUUUGUUUUCUUCCUGUUCAUAAAUGAUCUAAACCUCCACCGCUGUGUGUUCAGAUGGGGAUAGUUAGAAUGAUAAAAGCUUGUAAAUGGGUUUGAUGCAGAGGCCAAUAUCACAGAGCAAUAUACACUAUAUUACAAC